GGUGUCCACGGCGCCGCUCGGCCCGUCCCGACCCCGCGGGCCGCGCGCCCCCCUUCGCGGCCGGAGCCCGGUCGCUGCCCCGCCUUCUCCGGGGAGCGCCAGGCGGGAGCGGCCCGGACCCCGGGCUCGCGCGGGAGAGGACGCGCCACAAACUUUGCCUUUUAUUGUUCCUAGCUCUUUAAGUGCCAGGGACUCUGCCGGGCAGGAAAAUGUCCUUCUUCAAUUUCCGUAAGAUCUUCAAGUUGGGGAGCGAGAAGAAGAAGAAGCAGUACGAACACGUGAAGAGAGACCUGAACCCCGAAGAGUUUUGGGAGAUUAUAGGGGAACUGGGCGACGGAGCCUUUGGGAAAGUGUAUAAGGCCCAGAAUAAAGAGACCAAUGUUUUAGCUGCUGCAAAGGUGAUUGACACCAAAUCUGAAGAAGAACUUGAAGAUUAUAUGGUUGAGAUCGACAUAUUAGCAUCUUGUGAUCACCCAAACAUAGUCAAGCUUCUAGAUGCCUUCUAUUAUGAGAACAAUCUUUGGAUACUCAUUGAAUUUUGUGCAGGGGGAGCAGUAGAUGCUGUGAUGCUUGAACUUGAGAGACCGUUAACUGAGUCCCAAAUCCAAGUAGUUUGUAAGCAGACUUUAGAAGCAUUGAGCUACUUACAUGACAAUAAAAUCAUCCACAGAGAUCUAAAAGCUGGCAAUAUUCUUUUUACCUUAGAUGGAGACAUUAAGUUGGCGGAUUUUGGAGUAUCGGCUAAAAACACCAGGACAAUUCAAAGGAGGGAUUCCUUUAUUGGCACUCCAUAUUGGAUGGCUCCUGAAGUAGUCAUGUGUGAGAUCAAGGACAGACCUUAUGACUAUAAAGCUGACGUUUGGUCCUUGGGUAUUACUUUAAUAGAAAUGGCUGAGAUAGAGCCACCUCACCAUGAGUUAAAUCCAAUGCGAGUAUUGCUAAAAAUAGCAAAAUCUGAGCCUCCAACAUUAGCACAGCCGUCAAAAUGGGUCUUCAAUUUUAAGGACUUUUUAAAGAAGUGCUUGGAAAAGAAUGUAGGCCGGUGGACCACAGCUCAGCUAUUACAGCAUCCCUUGUUACUGUUGAUUCCAAACAAACCAGUUCGAGAAUUGAUUGCUGAGGCAAAGGCUGAAGUAACAGAAGAAGUUGAAGAUGGCAAAGAGGAAGAUGAUGAUGAGGAAACAGAAAAUGCUCUGCCAAUACCUGCAAAUAAACGUGCCUCCUCUGACCUCAGUAUUGCCAGCUCUGAAGAAGAUAAACUUUCACAGAAUGCUUGUAUUUUGGAAUCUGUAUCAGAAAGAAUAGAACACAAUACUCCUGGUGAUAAAUUUAGCAGCAGAGUUCUUAAUGGACCUGAGGAACCUGAGAAGGCUAGUGAGGGUGUUAAUGAGCAUGCCAGUGAUUCUACCUUAGAAACUAUGGCUGAACUCAAUGACCAGACAGUAGGAAUUCAUGAGAAUGGGAGAGAGAAGAGACCCAAGCUGGAAAAUCUACCAGACACAGAAGACCAACAAACUGUGGGUGUUAAUUCAAUUUGUGGAGGGAAUGAGGGUGAUACAGUAACUUCAGAAGUUAAUACUAACCAUCUGAAACCAGAGGACGAUGGGAGUAAAGAAAACCAGGAGAUACCUGAGAGUAAACUUACACAGCCUGAAAGUAUUAAAGAUCUGCAUAUUCAAACAAUGGACUUGGUGUCUCAAGAGACUGGAGAAACAGAGGCUGAUUUUCAGGCCAUUGACAAUGCAGUUGUGUUGACAGAAGCCACCCAAGAGCAACGGGGAGAAGAUGAUAAAGCUCAAAGAGUUGUAGUCAGCCAAGGCAGAGAAACGAGGGCACUAGAUGCUGCUGAAGGCGGCAACCAGGAUGUACAGAGUGCUGGAGGGAAAAGGCGUAGUGGAAGGAGCCCCCAAGUCAGCAGGGAAGCCACGGAGGGCCCUGAGGCUGAUGGUGCUGAGGAAGAGCCUUCUGCUCAAGAAGAGUGAGGAUAAGGAGCUAGGUCAACAGUCUGAAGUGUCAGAGACACAGGCAGCCAUUGAGGAACAGGGACAGAUGAGGUUGAGCAAGUCAGUGAGUGUAACACUGAGGAGACAGAGAGGAGUGCCUUGACGGGUGGUGCUGAGCAACCGGCUCUCGGAAGUGAAGCUGAGGCCGCUGCUACUGAGGUAGAGUUGGAGAGAAAAGAAACUGCACAGGAAGUGCUGGUUAAAACAGAGCCCCAAUCCCCUGCAACCUCGCAGCCCGACGAGCCUCAUCCUGUCUUAAUACCUAGUAUCAAUAUUAACUCCGAAAACACAGAAAAUAAAGGAGAAAUGAAUGCUUUCCCAAAAACGGAAACCAUUACUGUCACACGAGCCUGACAAUGAAAGGAAAAUGACACUGACUCGGGGACUGGGUCCACUGUGGGGAACAGCAGCAGUGACUUGAACUUGUCCAUCUCCAGCUUCCUAAGCAAAAGUAAAGACAGUGGGUCAAUGUCUCUUCAGGAGACAAGAAGACAGAAGAAAACAUUGAAGAAAACACGCAAAUUUAUUGUUGAUGGCGUAGAAGUAAGUGUAACAACGUCAAAGAUAGUUACAGAUAGUGACUCCAACGAGGAAUUGCGGUUUCUCAGGCGUCAGGAACUUCGAGAGCUGAGAUUUCAGAAAGAAGAGCAGAGGGCCCAGCAGCAGCUCAAUGGGAAACUGCAGCAGCAACGAGAGCAGAUUUUCAGGCGCUUUGAGCAAGAAAAUGAUGACUGCAUUGUUUUACAGAGUAAGAAGCGACAAUAUGACCAAGAAAUUGAGAAUCUAGAGAAGCAGCAGAAACAGACAAUUGAACGAUUAGAGCAAGAGCAUACAAACCGCUUGAGAGAUGAAGCCAAACGAAUCAAAGGAGAGCAAGAGAAGGAGCUGUCCAAAUUCCAGAAUAUGCUAAGAAACCGCAAGAAGGAGGUUAUGAAUGAAGUGGAGAAAGCACCCAAAGAGCUGAGAAAAGAGUUUAUGAAGCGCAGGAAAGAGGAGCUUGCACAAAGCCAGCAUGCUCAGGAACAAGAAUUUGUUCAGAAGCAGCAACAAGAAUUAGAUGGCUCUCUGAAAAAGAUCAUCCAACAACAGAAGGCAGAGUUGGCCAAUAUCGAGAGAGAGUGCUUGAAUAACAAGCAACAGCUCAUGAGAGCUCGAGAAGCUGCGAUUUGGGAGCUUGAAGAGCGACACUUACAGGAAAAGCACCAGCUGCUUAAACAGCAGCUUAAGGAUCAGUAUUUCAUGCAGAGACACCAGCUGCUUAAACGCCACGAGAAGGAAACAGAACAAAUGCAGCGUUACAAUCAACGGCUUAUUGAGGAAUUGAAAAACAGACAGACUCAGGAACGAGCGAGACUGCCCAAGAUUCAACGAAGUGAAGCCAAGACACGAAUGGCCAUGUUUAAGAAAAGUCUAAGAAUUAACUCAACGGCCACACCAGAUCAGGAUCGUGAAAAAAUUAAACAGUUUGCUGCACAAGAAGAAAAGAGGCAGAAAAAUGAGAGAAUGGCUCAGCAUCAAAAGCAUGAGAGCCAAAUGCGGGAUCUCCAGUUGCAGUGUGAAGCCAAUGUCCGAGAACUGCAUCAGCUGCAGAAUGAAAAAUGCCACCUGUUGGUUGAACAUGAGACUCAGAAACUGAAGGAGUUAGAUGAGGAGCACAGCCAAGAGUUAAAGGAGUGGAGAGAGAGACUGAGACCGAGGAAGAAGACACUGGAAGAAGAGUUUGCCAGGAAACUGCAGGAGCAGGAAGUAUUUUUUAAAAUGACUGGGGAGUCCGAAUGUCUUAAUCCAUCAGCACAGAGCCGUAUCUCCAAAUUCUACCCUAUUCCCACCUUGCAUUCCACUGGGUCAUAGCGACAGCAAGCAUUCUCUGGAUUUGGCUUCUAAGUGCAUCCUUGUGUUCUCUUCAUCUUCCACAGCACAUGUGACUCACAAGACAAUCACCUGUCCAUCUUCUCGGUGGUUUUGAAAAUUGGUUUCUUGGAUUUUUUUGUUAAGCAAACAAAGAUGAAGGGCAAAUGAACUAAGACAGAUGCUAGGCCGUGUUGGCAAGUAGCAUCUUGCAGUAAUUCCCUAAGGUGAUUUUGUAUAUUGAUCUUAACUAUUGUAUUCUUUAGACAUAGUACUGAAAAACUGCCAGAGAAAUGUUUAAAGCUAUUUGGGGGGAAAAAAACCAAACCUGUUACAUCACUAAGUAUUAAUAAAUAUUGUUUUACUUGAUUUCUCAAUGAUGUUAAAUUCUAUAGUUAAGAUUAUGCUGUAGAAUUGGAGUGAUUUUCUUUUGGUAAACCAACUAUUAUUAAAAAGCCAUGAGUUACAGAAAUAUGCUAGUGAUUCAAUACAUAGAUAUAUUUUUUAUCAUUAAGCAGGAUCAAAGUCUUUUAAAAGAGAAAGGUUAUUUCAGUAAUUUGUCACAAACAUUAGCCUGUGUGGGCAGGAACAAUAAUUGAGGUGCUAAUUUUAUUAAGAUAGUGCCUAAAACACUAAAUUUUAAUCAUAUAUAAAAUGGGGUUUUCUUUUUGAUCAGCAUGAACAAAAUACCCUUCUCACUGGUGGACAUUACUGUUUUAAAAACAUGUUUAUAUUGCCAUUUAACAUUCAUCCUAAAACAAAUGUUGUACAAAGUAUGGAGAGAUGAAUGAGCUAGCUUUGAAAUGUGCCCGAGCUGCAGUCACAACUACAGUUCUGAAGCUCGUCUUAGAAGAAGCAUUGUCCACAAAGGAUUUUCAUUCAGUAUCAGAUACACAUGCAAAGUGGCAUUGUAAGGUUUCAAAUGAGGUUAUUCAAGUGCAUUUUGGUUUUAUUUUGUUCCAUGUUUAAAUUAAUUUCUUUGAGUAGGAAAAGCGUGAAACCUUUAUCAUGUGGUUGCUGGUACAUGUGCUCAUCAAUGAAGUGUUCACUCUUAGUUCCUUCUGAAGCUCAGAAUCUCAGUCGCAUCAGGUCAACAGUAUUAUAAACAGCACAUUUGUGAAUGAUGCUUGCUGCCUGCCAUUGGCAAUCUGUUCUCUGUAAACGUUUCAGUUUUUAGUUCUAUUUUGAGGUUGGUGGAAAAAUAGAACUGUCAGUGUAAUGUGGAAAUACCAGCUCAUACUAAGAGAAUGUAGAUGUUUGUAGGACUUUGUUGCCGUUAUUUGAAAACUUUGGAUGCUGGACUUUAUCUGGUUUAAAAAUGCAUGUGUAAUUUUAACUUUAUAAUUAUUUUGACAAGCUUAAUUUUCUUGGACAACCUUGUAGGUAGCCUUAACUUUCAGCCAAUUUUGUUUUUUAUAUAAAUAUAUAUAUACGUAUAUAUUAUAAUGUAUGGUUGUAAAUUCAUACACUUAGCACAUGAAUGUGUUACUGUAUACAGAAUUCUUAAUGCUUUAUUUUCAGAUGCUGGGUUGAAAACUGUUGAAAGCCUUUAAAUAUAUCUUUAUAAAGUAAUAUUCAGGAUGAUGAUGGAGAUUGUUUAUAUUGUUAUGAUAAAAGACAGAAUUAUGUUGCCCAGUGUAUUUAAUGAUUUAUUUGAAGAGGGAGAGGGGAGGAAAGCUCUUAUACACCACUUUCUCCUUUGAAUUUUUCAGCUUAUUGGAUUUUUACAUACUCAGUCAGUGGGCUUUAUUUUCAGUAUCAUUUAGGUAAUUGUAGACACGAUUUGGUCUGAAUAUCUUUCCUUCCUGUUUCUAUUCAGCUUGACAUUUAGAGAAUUGUAUCUGGAAUGGAGGCUGGAGAGGUUGUUUACCUGAAGCCUGCUCUCUGGAUUCCCCGCUCCUCCUUGAGUUUUCUUUUCAAGCAAGGUUGUGUUCCUGUGGGUGCAGGGACUGUCCUGUGGUACACUUGUAGAGGGGACACUCCUCUCCACACUUCAGGUUAUAUAUAAAAAGUGUUUUGUUAGCCAGGCGGUGGGUGGCGCACGCCUUUAAUCCCAGCACUUGGGAGGCAGAGGCAGGCGGAUCUCUGUGAGUUCGAGGCCAGCCUGGUCUACAAGAGCUAGUUCCAGGACGGGCUCUAAGAAAGCUGCAGAGAAACCCUGUCUCGAAAAACCAAAAAAAAAAAAAAAAAAAAAAAGGUGUUUUGUUAUAGAACAUGUUGUUUCUAAACUUGUGCUUCCUUUAAGACCAUAUGCCAGUAGAUAACAGUGAUCAUUCUUUGCUGGGUGAGGUAUAGGUGGGGAGUGGCUGAGGGCAUCGCCUUCUUUGAAUCUGAGAGUGCAGUUAGUCCAUCUCCUGAUGAAGUUGUUUGGUUGCUGUGGCAGAAUGCGCCAUUCAGUGCUUAAAGGAAAUUCUCCAUGCAGUCGCCUCUCCUUUCCCUGCAUGCUUUGGCCACGCCACACCUCUACCCACCACACCUCUGCAGGUCCAGCUCUUAGAGCUCAAGUGCAGGGUUUCCGCAGACCUUUUGACCCCUGGGCUGUGGGUUGCUGACUUAGCUGCUGUUUUAGUUGGAGUCACAGUAAGCUCUUUCUUACCCUUUUCUGUGGGUGAGGAGCAAAUUUAGAGUGCUUUUAUUUUGUUGAAAAUAUUGGAACCUUCCCACAUGCCAGGACAUGGCAGAGUGUGACUAAGUAAGAAGCAGAACCGGAGCUACCCUCUAAGCAGUGUUUCUCAAGCACACGCUCUCAGGCACAUGAGACCUUCCCCCGUGGAGGCUUCUCUGAAUUCUUGAGCAUCAGCACGUCUCAGAAGUAACUGUUUUUGUACUCUUCCAGGUCCCCUGUACCCUCAUACUUUCCCCAUUCCACACUGUGCUAAUUAUAUGACAGAGACUCUUCUAAGAAGCCAAAUUCGGCCAAAUUAAUAGCUAGAGAUAUUGCAGACUGCCCGGCGUGGGAACUGCAGUUGAAGAAGAGGUGUCAGUUUUAAUGGCCUUCUGGUCCUUUCGGGAAAUGGUCUUGUAGGACACGGGUGAUAUUUUCAGUGUGUCUCUUACAUCAGAGGCAACAGUUAAUGCCUCUGCUGUUGCUGUUCUUUGGCUGACAUAGUUUUGAUAAUGCUUUAAAAUUUCUGCUACAAAGCUUGGAAUAGAGUUGACCAGUUUCGAAUGUUGGCUGCAGCUUAAAAAUGUGAUUCUUUGUAGUGUAAUAAGUUCACAAGCUAAAUUUUCGGAGAGAAUUUCGUUUCACGUUAUGCUUCUUGUAUACUUGGGAUUAGAAACACGCCUUUUCAAUCACGGAUUGUCAAACAAUAAAGUUAUUUCUUAAUCUA